AUGUAUCAAAGUCCCGAUAGGAACACAGUAUGGUCGACAAAAGGUCAAAUGAUUGAACAUCAACAUUGCAAAAAAGAGGUCAAGAGAAAAAAUACUGGUACACUUAUGAAUAGUAACAAUUCUUCUUCUUCUUCUUCAACAUUGAAUCAAUCAUUUCAAUCAUUAUCAUUAAAGGAUGAACAACAACAACAACAACAACAAUCAUCCUAUGACAAUAAUGAAUCAACAACAUUGGAUAUGUCAUUGUUGAAUGAAUCGAUAGGAGGAUCUACUGGAGGAGAUGUAUCAAGUAAUAGUUCAACUCCAUCUAUAUCAUGGUUUAAUUCAAUUGGUAGGUUUGUCAGUGAAAGAUUAAACCAUCACCUUUCAAAUGAUCAACAACAACAACAACAACAACAACAACAACAACAACAACAAGUUGAUCAAUACUCUUCAACACAAUCAAACUAUAUCAAUCAAUAUAAUAAUACAUAUAUAGAAUCAUCUUCAUCUUCUUUGUCUUCUUCAAAUUUGAUAUAUCCAUCAGUACUAUUUUCAUCAAAGUUAUUAAUGAAUAGAUCUGAAAAGGUAAACAAAUCACAUCUACCCAAUGGAUUUCUAUUAUCACCUUUUAAUAGACCUGUAUCAUCUUCUUCAAUAUCCUCUUCUUUACAUCCACUUCCACCAACUUGCCAUCAUUGUCAUUCCUAUGUCAAUAUGUAUUGUAAAUUUGAAAAGACUGUACACCAAGGAACAGAAAAUCAUCGUUGGGUAUGUUCAGUAUGCAACAAGAUCAAUAAUAUUGAUAAUGGAACAAGUGGAGUACGAUCAAUUUGGGAGGUCAAACAAGGUGUUGGAUGGUGGGCAACUUCUGGAUUCAAGAAUGUAUUAUCAAGUGAUUCAUUUGAUAUUAAAGUUCCAAGUAAACAUAAUCUUGUAAUAUCAGAUCGUCAACAACAACAACUAAAUAAUAAUAAUAAUAAUAACUCUAGUCUAGACAAUUCAAUAGAUUCUAUCAAUUUAAAUGAUUCUAUAUCAAUUUUAAAUAAUGAUGUUUCUCCCUCUUCUUCUUCUUCUCAACAAGAGAAUAAUAAUAUAAAUGUAGAAAUGGAUAAUUACCCAACCAAUCCAAAUUUAUAUAUAUUUGUAAUUGAUGAAACAAUGCCUGUAGAAGAUCUACAAAAGGUAUUAAAAGCAAUUCAACAAUUGGUAAAACAAGAUAUACCAAAGGAGAGUUUAAUCUCUUUAAUAUCAUUUUCAAAAAUAAUAUCAAUGUAUGAAUUGGGUCAAUCACAUCAACCGUUCACAUCAUCUGAAGUAGUAUCAGGAUUUAAAUCAAUAGAUGAUCAAUAUGUAUUCAAACUAAAGAGAAGAAAGAAAAUAUUCAUGGAAUCGAUUGCAACGGGAUGGGAUCGAUUUGAAAGAGCAUUCCAAUCAAUCAUCGAAUCAAAUAGUGUUUUGGAUGGAGUACCUUUUGUCAAUCGAAAUUUUAGAUCAUUGGGUGUGGCUAUAGAAUGUGCAUCGGCACUUUCAUCUCAUGCUCAAACCAAUGGAGGACGUAUCUUUACCUUUUUAUCUGGUGAACCAAACUAUGGACCUGGUGCCCUCCAAUUCAAUUCUAAACAUAUUUUUAAUCCAUCUUCAUCGUUGUCCUACGAAGAACAAGAUGAAGACAAUGACCAUAAUAUUGUUCAAUCACAAUACUAUACCAAUCUUGGUGAAAAGGCAAAUCAAAAAUCAAUGUCUGUCGAUAUUCAUUUCUGUGGAUUCAAUCAUUUCUUGUCAAAAUACAUAUCACCCCUUGUAUUUCCAUCUGGUUACAUGUAUAUGUGUCAUGAACGUGAUAAUGAAGAAACAAAUAGUCAUUUCUUUACAAAUUUUAUUUAUUCAAAUUUAAAAAAUUCAAUUCAAAACAAUAAUGGAAAAUAUUCAAGAUUAGAUAUUCAUUGUCCAGAUUCAAUUGGAUUAAAUCAUAUAAUUGGACCAAUAUUUAAAACUAAAUUAUCAAAUAAUCAACAAUCAAAGAAUACCAAAUAUUUGGUAAAGAAUUUACCAAUCAAUAGUGACAAGUAUACAAGCUUUGAUAUUACAUCCCUGCAAAAAGAUGUUUGUCUAUCAAUCUAUUAUCAACUAUUGGAUGAUAUUCCUCAAGAUUUUAUUCAUAUUCAAUUUGUUAUUAAUUUUUUGGAUAAUUUUGAUAAUAGAGUAUUAAGAGUAAUAACAAAAAGAAUAGAAAUAACAGGAAAUUGGGAAAAAUAUUUAAAUUCUUUAGAUUUUGAUGUUGUAUCGGUUCUCUUGGUAAAGAAAUCAAUUAUAAAAUCAAUUAAAGAACCAACACCAAUUCAUACAAACAAUCAAAAGGAAUUGGACAAGGAAUUAAAGAAAAUAUGUUAUCAUUCAAGUAUAAUUCAAAAAGGUUGGUUUAGAACAACUGUAACAUUACCACCAAUAUUAAAAGAAUUAAUUAAAAGAAUCUAUUUAAUAAGAAAUAAUAUAUUUUAUGGAUCAUUAAUUCAAAAUGAAGAUGAUUUUGAAAUGUUAAAAUCAUUAUUUAUUUCAUCAAAUUUUAUGACAUCUACAACAUUAUUGUCACCAAAACUAUUAUAUGUUCCUCCACACAACUUUGAACAUUUUAUUCAAGUUCCAUUGGAUCUUACCUAUUUGGAAGAAAAUAAUGUCUUAAUUUUCGACAAUUUUACAACUGUAUCUCUAUUUGUUGGUUCCAAAGUUGAUAGAACAAGUGAACGAGUUAAAGUUGCCCAAUCAUUUAUUCAAACUAAAAUUCAAAAUAGAAUUCCAUGUCCUCAUAUUUUAGUUUUUAAUGAAAAUGAACAUUCAUCAAGAUGGAUAAAAUGUAGAUUAUUAGAUUCAAAUGAUUUACCAGAUGGUAAUUUAAAUCAAGAAUAUUUGGAUAUACCAAGAUCGAUAAAUUAUUUUUCAAAUGAUGAACCAUCAUAUGCUCAAUUUGAGAAAUCAAUUACUACUCACUAA